UAUUGCUUAGCAAUCACAAAGCAAUAAGGAAAGAGAUAACUAGAGACUUAAUCUCAUUAUCUCUUUCCACUUGAAAAAAAAAAAAAAAAAGCCUAUCAUGGCUCCCGACAUUUCCUUAGAAGAUAUAAGAAAUGAAACAGCCGAUCUUGAGAAGAUCCCCGUUGAGGAAGUGUUCACAGCGUUGAAAUGUACAAAGGAGGGAUUGAGCUCAGCCGAAGGAGAAAAACGGCUCCAUAUAUUCGGGCCGAAUAAGUUGGAGGAGAAGAAGGAUAGCAAGUUUCUUAAAUUCUUAGGCUUCAUGUGGAAUCCUCUUUCUUGGGUCAUGGAGAUUGCUGCUAUCAUGGCUAUUGCUUUGGCCAAUGGAGGCGGGAAGCCUCCGGAUUGGCAGGACUUCGUUGGCAUUAUGGUGUUGCUGGUGAUCAACUCCACCAUUAGUUUCAUCGAGGAAAACAAUGCAGGAAAUGCUGCUUCUGCUCUCAUGGCUGGGCUUGCUCCCAAAUGCAAGGUUCUGAGAGAUGGUAAGUGGUGCGAGCACGACGCGUCCAUCCUUGUCCCGGGCGACUUGAUCAGUGUGAAGCUCGGCGACAUUGUUCCGGCCGAUGCUCGUCUCUUGGACGGCGAUCCUCUCAAGAUCGACCAAUCCGCCCUCACCGGCGAGUCCCUCCCCGUCACCAGGCACCCCGGCGACGAGGUCUUCUCCGGCUCCACCUGCAAGCAGGGCGAGAUCGAGGCCGUCGUCAUCGCCACCGGGGUCCACACCUUCUUCGGCAAGGCGGCUCAUCUCGUUGAUAGCACCAACAACGUGGGACACUUCCAGCAGGUGCUGACUGCCAUCGGCAACUUCUGCAUCUGCUCCAUCGCGGUGGGGAUGGUGAUCGAGAUCAUCGUAAUGUACCCGAUCCAGCAGAGGAGGUACAGGGACGGGAUCGACAACCUGCUGGUGCUGCUGAUCGGGGGGAUCCCGAUCGCCAUGCCGACGGUGCUGUCGGUGACGAUGGCCAUCGGGUCCCACAGGCUGUCGGAGCAAGGGGCCAUCACGAAGAGGAUGACGGCCAUUGAGGAGAUGGCCGGGAUGGAUGUGCUCUGCAGCGACAAGACGGGAACGCUGACGCUCAACAAGCUCACCGUUGAUAAGGCUCUGAUCGAGGUGUUCCCCGACAACAUGGAUGCGGAGGCGCUGAUGCUGCACGCCGCCCGGGCUUCGAGGGUCGAGAACCAGGACGCCAUUGAUGCUUCCAUUGUAAACAUGCUUGCGGAUCCUAAGGAGGCGAGAGCGGGGAUCACGGAGGUGCAUUUCCUGCCCUUCAAUCCCGUCGAAAAGCGCACUGCCAUCACCUAUUAUGACUCCAAUGGAGACUGGCACAGAUCCAGCAAGGGAGCUCCCGAGCAAAUCAUUGAGCUCUGUGGCCUCAAAGGGGAAGCCUUGAAGAAGGCACACCGGAUCAUCGACAACUUCGCAAACCGCGGCCUUCGAGCUCUUGGCGUUGCAUGGCAGACAAUCUCGGAGAAAUCGAAAGAGAGCGCCGGCGAGGCAUGGGAAUUUGUGGGACUGCUGCCUUUGUUUGAUCCUCCGAGGCACGACAGUGCAGAGACGAUCAAGCGAGCUUUGGAGCUGGGCGUGAACGUGAAGAUGAUCACCGGUGAUCAGCUGGCCAUCGGUAAAGAAACCGGGCGGAGGCUAGGCAUGGGCACCAACAUGUAUCCAUCUUCCUCACUUCUUGGACAGAGCAAAGAUGAGUCCAUUGCUUCUAUCCCAGUUGAGGAACUCAUCGAGAAAGCCGACGGCUUCGCCGGAGUUUUCCCAGAGCACAAAUACGAGAUUGUGAAGAAACUGCAAGAGAGAAAGCACAUCUGCGGCAUGACCGGAGACGGCGUGAACGAUGCUCCGGCGCUGAAGAAGGCCGACAUCGGCAUUGCCGUUGCGGAUGCGACGGACGCGGCGAGGAGCGCGUCGGACAUAGUCCUGACGGAGCCGGGGCUGAGCGUGAUCGUGAGCGCGGUGCUGACGAGCCGCGCCAUCUUCCAGAGGAUGAAGAACUACACCAUAUACGCAGUGUCGAUCACGAUCCGCAUCGUGAUGGGUUUCAUGCUGAUUGCCCUGAUCUGGAAGUUCGACUUCUCGCCGUUCAUGGUUCUCAUCAUCGCCAUCCUCAACGACGGGACCAUCAUGACCAUCGCCAAGGACAAAGUGAAGCCAUCUCCCAUGCCGGACUCCUGGAAGCUCAACGAGAUCUUCGCCACCGGCAUUGUUCUUGGGACUUACAUGGCUCUCGUCACCGUCAUCUUCUUCUACCUCGCAUCUGAUACUGACUAUCUCUCUGUGAUUUUCAAAGUGAAAUCUCUGAGGAAAAGUCCAGAUGAGCUUACAGCUGCACUGUAUCUUCAAGUGAGCAUCAUCAGUCAAGCACUCAUCUUCGUCACGAGGUCACGUAGCUGGUCUUUUGUGGAACGCCCAGGUCUCCUCCUAGUUUUUGCUUUCCUCGCAGCACAGCUGGUGGCGACGGUGAUUGCUGUUUAUGCCGACUGGGAAUUCGCCAGAAUCAAAGGCAUUGGAUGGGGGUGGGCUGGAGUGAUCUGGAUCUACAGCAUUGUCACUUAUUUCCCACUCGACAUCCUCAAAUUCCUCAUUCGCCUUGCCUUGUCUGGUAAAGCUUGGGAUUCCAUGAUCCAGAAUAAGACCGCUUUCACUACCAAGAAGGACUACGGGAGGGGGGAGAGAGAGGCGCAAUGGGCCGUGGCUCAACGUAGCCUCCAUGGCUUGUCCACUGCACCGGAGUUCUACGACAAAGAUAACUCCGAGCUAUCUGUUAUCGCGGAGCAGGCAAGAAGAAGAGCUGAAGUUGCAAGGCUGAGGGAAAUCCACACACUUAAGGGACAUGUUGAAUCAAUGGUGAAGCUCAAGGGAUUGGAUAUCGAAACUAUCCAGCAACACUACACUGUGUGAAGAGUGAGCAUGAACUGAUUCAGAUCUGAGGCGUGGGAGAAUCGAUGGAUCGGAUUGUUGACAAUUGAAGAAGCACGAUAUACAUAUAGACAGACACACUUCUCCACUGAUAUUCAUCUGUUUCUUUCGUUUGAUGAGAUGAUAAAUAAUUGGAUAUGUUUGGAUGAAUGUCUGAAAUAUAUGAAAAAUCAUUUAUAAUACAUGUUUCACUGCUUCUCUCUCUA